CCUCCUCUCCCCUCCUUCUUCUCAGGGGUGGUGGCUGCUGUUUUGCUUCGUUAGCUUCCCGUUCGACAGCAUGGGAAUGUAAGCGAGGAAUCUCCCGAAUUGAAGUUGCGUCAAAGUGCUCCAUAAGUUGAAGCAACUUCGCUGACGGAAUCUUUCCGAAUAUCCGGAGCACUUGGACCGACUGGAACGAAGCUUGCAGUGAAUUUGAGCGGCCAAACCAUAGUGGACAAAGGGAAGACUUGCGAGCUAACGUCGGCUAGCUCCCGGGGCAAACCUUAGCAUUCCACCAUCUAGUGCGGCGCAAUGCAGGCCAUCAAGUGUGUCGUUGUCGGGGACGGAGCCGUGGGUAAGACCUGCCUGCUCAUCAGCUACACCACCAAUGCCUUUCCUGGAGAGUACAUCCCCACUGUCUUUGACAAUUACUCCGCCAAUGUGAUGGUGGAUGGCAAGCCGGUGAACCUGGGCCUUUGGGAUACGGCAGGACAGGAGGACUACGAUCGACUGCGCCCGCUCUCCUACCCUCAGACGGAUGUGUUCCUCAUCUGCUUUUCGCUCGUGAGUCCGGCCUCCUUUGAAAACGUCCGUGCCAAGUGGUACCCUGAGGUGAGACACCAUUGUCCCAACACCCCCAUCAUCCUGGUGGGCACCAAAUUGGAUCUGAGAGAUGACAAGGACACCAUGGAGAAGCUGAAGGAGAAGAAACUGGCUCCAAUAACUUAUCCCCAAGGCCUGGCCAUGGCCAAAGAAAUCGGUUCCGUCAAGUACCUCGAGUGCUCCGCCCUGACCCAGCGCGGCCUUAAAACGGUGUUCGACGAGGCCAUUCGUGCCGUCCUGUGCCCGCCGCCCGUCAAGAAGAAGGGCAAGAAGUGCAGCCUCCUCUAAGGGUGGUCCUCGUACCGGCGGAAGCGCCGGGAGAAACGACGCCAGUAUACCUACCCACCAAAAUACCAAUGUACUUUUUGCUUCCUGUAAGACGUAGCUGCAGCGGUUCUCGCGACUAUCCCCUCCCCAUAAUAACAUUGAAUCUACAUUGAAAGGAUUGUAACGUUGUGUACUGUAAAGACAAGAAUGAAAAUGUUGAACUUCAUUGAGGCCUUAAGUUAGAUCCAUUUGCCCCACCCCCACUCUCAUUUUGUUUACAGUCUGGGUUCUUGUCAGUGGGACUCGCAUUUCAAAAUGCACCCUUCCAGAAAUGCGUCCACGCUGCUAUUUGUUUGCUCCCACAAUCGAUCGUUCGCAAAUCCCUCACCAGCAGUUACAUUUUUGUUUUGUUUUUUAACACCGACAGUGCUUUUAACCCUCAAACCCUCCUAAAACCAUCCGGGCAAAGCAUUUUCUUCCCCCUCUCCCCAGACAUGUCUUUGUAGAUUUUUGGAACAGUUGGUGGCGGGGAACAAGAGCACCAUUGAUGCUCCUUGGGCAUUUAUCAGCAACUUUUUUUUUUUUACUCCUUUGUUUAUUUUGAAAUCGCAUCACUACUGGCGAAGUGAAGUCACUUAAGAUGACGAGCAUCUGUGCCUGUCAAAGCUACUGUCGGUUCUGGCGUAGUAGAUGGUGUACUCCUUUGUUAUCGUGAUUUUUUUUUUUUUUUUUUGUAUCUUACACUCCACUCACUGUAUUGUUGGACUAACACUAUGAAUAUGCUUUUAUUAUUUGUUUCUCUUUUACCGCUAACGCUACUUUAAUAACCUCCCGAUCAAGCCUGUCUUAGUGUAAUGACGCCGAUGGCAUGUAUGUGCGACGUAUACUGAAAAAAAAACAUUCAAAUUAGGAUCGCUGCAUUUGUUUUGUUUGCCUCUUUAAAAAUGUAUUUAAACUACUAGUACAAUGAGUUAAAGAACACAUUGCUCAUCUGUUGUUUUUUUUCUAUUCAGACAUCAAGCUGUGCUUUAAUUCAAGCCAAUGUCAUUGUGACUCCUUCUAUGAAUACAAAGCUAUCGUCACUUUUUUUUUGUUUUUGAAAAAGCCAAUAAAUUUCAAUAAAAUUGAA